UGUUCUCUAGAUUCUUGGAGCUGUUAUCCUUGGCUUUGGCCUAUGGAUUCUCCUGGAUAAGACCAGCUUCAUUGCAGUUGUACAGUCCUCAUCGUCUGCAUUGAAAAUUGGGUCGUACAUCUUACUGGGAGUGGGCUCUGUGACCAUGUUGAUGGGAUUCCUCGGCUGCCUGGGAGCAGUGAAUGAAGUCAGAUGUCUUUUAGGAUUGUAUUUCACCUGCUUACUGCUGAUCCUGAUCGCUCAGAUUACAGCAGGGAUCCUGAUCUACUUCCAGAGGGACGCGGUGAGUCAGUCUGCCUUUCAGCUGUACGCACAACUCUUCACGGCCAGCAACAGUCUGAACGACAGUGUGGACCACAGUCUGAACGACAGUCUGAAUGACAGUGUGGAUUACAGUGUGAAUGACAGUGUGGAUCACAGUGUGAAUGACUGUGAAUGACAGUGUGGAUAACAG